GCACAUCAUGGUUCGCACAAAGGGCCCGCACGAUCUUUUGAUCGUCCUCGAUGCCACGGCCUCUAUGGGCGAAUUCAUCCUCGCCCUCAACAAGUCCCUUCCUGAAAUCAUCAGCCUGUCCGCCCUGACAGGCUGCUUCGAGCGUAUCGGCGUCGUCACAUACCGCGACUACUGUGGCGGCCGCCUCACCGAGUGGUCAGGAUGGUGCUCUCCCUCCGGAGCCGUCUCCGGCCCAGAUAUUGUCAGCCAGGAGAUAGUUCUCGACAUGGCCCGCGGUAUCCUGCCCGACUGUGGAGGCGACUGGCCCGAGGCCACCAAGACGGGCCUCGCUCUCGCGUAUGAGAAGAUGCGAGAGGAUGCCACUACAAUCAUGCUUCUCUACACGGACGCUCCUCCGCAUUUCACGGCCACCGGCGGCAAGAACUACAACAAAGAGAAGAGGGCCCUGGCCAAGGAGGACAGCUACGGCGGAUAUGGCUCCAACUUCGUCGACUGGGUUUCGGCUGCCAUGUCCUUCAAGAAUGGCGCCAAGAAGGGCGUCGUCUUCAGUGUUGUCAGUCACCCAAGCAUGACCUCCUUCAGCCCCUACCUGUAUCUGUCCACUGUGACGGGAGGAGUGCACUUCACCAUCGAGCGGGUGACCUCCAACCUCAUCUCCCAGUUGACUCUGGGAAUUCUUCUCACCUGGAUGGGAGCUGGCAAGGCAGUUGCAGAUGACAACUUGCAGGUUGGCGAACAUAGGUGGUACCGCAUCCAGACCGACAUCGAACAGGGCCGGGCGGAGACCGACCGUCUCCUCAACCGGUAUUUCGUCAUGGGAAACUGCGGCCCCUCCCUCACGGAAACGUCGGGGAACGUCGAACAUCGCUCCGUGGCUCUCAAGGAUAUGCCCAGCGUCCUCAAGGCUCGAGGUCCUAGUGUUAAGAACUUUGCCAAGCGAUAUGUUGAGGAUGAAGGCUACAAGAAGCUUGCCGUUGACCAGCUUCGGCGCAUCAUUAACUCCAACAUCUCGACCGUCUCUGUCAACCCUAUUUUCGGCACUCUAUGGAGGACCGUCUGCAACGACCGCAACAACGAGGCACGCGAUGGUCUGAUCACUGCCUUUGGCCUCGAGGUCGACCGGAUCUCUGACACUGCCGAGAAGGCCCGAAUGAAGGCCUGGCUUGAGGAGUCUUACAACUACACGGCAGAGAUCCAGGCGGCCAUUGAGAAAGUCCCUGCGGAGGAGCGAUUCCCCGUCGUGUACCUGGACCCAACUGCGGAUUUCAAGGCUGCACCGGGCCAGGAUGGGGAGGAAGAGGACGCUGAAAACCGCCCCCUGAACAAGUUCACACGAGGCGAGCUUCUGGAGAUUGGCAGGUCGUGCGACUAUCGGAUCCUGCGAAGGUUGGGCAAGGUCUUGACCCGUCUCACCUACAUUGAGAAGCCAGAAGACCUGCCGGCGCACAUGAAGGCCGCCAGCGCAGACCAGGUCCCACAGAUACCAAUGGCGCUGGCAGACCCAAAGCACAAGCGCCAGUUCUGGAAGAUCCUCCUCCACGCCGUCCUACCGGGUACAAUGAUCACAGCUCGCCCGGCCGCCGUGCUUGCGGCCCUUGCUCUGAGAAUGGGAAUCGUUCCCUUGCGGCAUGUGGCUGACCAGGAGCUCCUGUCGUUCCGCGACCGCUGGAACACCAUCGAUAUUCCUGAAACAUGGAACAUUGGAUGCCUGGGGCUGCUUCUUGACGCGGACAGUGACUUUGAGAAGCGGGCUAACCAGUCCAUCACCAAGCGUCAGACUCCCGAGUCUAGUAGGCGAGAGUCUAGCAUCUUGAAGACUGAGGAUCGCAGGUUGUUCAAGACGCUAGUGGACUACAAGAUGCUCGAGGCGAACAUGAAGACAACUCUGCAGGCCAAGAUCGGCUGGAGCCCUGACAAGACCAAGGUGGCUCUUGGCCCGGUUGUAGUCUGCCGGGAGUGCAAGUUCCCCCGAUCGGUUACCAUCAUGAGCGCCGGUAGAGUCUGUGGUUUCUGCAAGGCUCAGCGAGGCUGCCACUGCAAUGCGUGUAAAAAGUCGGAGAACCAUGAAGAACGUCUGAAGAAGAACGUCUCUGCUGAACAGACCGAAAAGUCCAUGGGCUAUUGGGUAGAGUGUACCCGGGCGCAGUGCCGAGCGCAGUACGUUGUUUACAACCCAGACGCCCUGCGAGUUCGAGCCAAGUGCUUCUACUGUCGACACGGCAAUGGAAACGGGGCAAUGGGGCCGGCUCCAGUCGUCGAGUGCUCCAAGUGUCUGAACAGAGUACUCUGGCCUACGGAGUAUCGUCCCAAGUACAUGGACCUUGCUGCAUUUGAGUGUUACGCGUGUGCAACCGACGUCGUCACCGUCAUUACGCAUGAGACAACCGCCGAGGCCCUGACCAAGGAGAAUGGGUCGAACUGGGUCCUGAAGAAUAGUGAUAGGGCGAUUGCCGCAGUUUUCAAUGGGCGUUCUCUGUUCUACACAGCCUCGCAUUGCGACCUGGCCAACCUCCCGGACAAGGUGGAGAUUCUCCCCGCUGAUGACAACUCUACCCUCACUAUUGCCGGUAAGCUGGUCCGGAACCAGUCGGAAGUCAGAGAGUCUCUGCAGCAAUGGGUCGUAGCCCGACGGACCGAGGUCGGCGUGUGCAGCCUCUGCUUCUCCAACGUGCGCAAGGCAGACCUCCGUCAGGCUUGUGGCCGCUCUGGCUGUCACCAGCUGAUCUGCAACGGGUGUGUGAAGGACUGGUACGGACUCAACGCCCGCGGGCGCAUCAUCAACGUCGCAGCUCUUUCGUGUGCGUUCUGCCGCCGACUUCCCGCGCCCAAGACAGUCGCGCCCUUCGGCCUCGCGAACCUGGGAAAUUUGCGGAGGGCUGUCCAGGAGGCUGGAUCAUGGGUGUACGCCUGGUGUGACAAGUGCGGCUUUGCCAGACGGUAUGUCGAGCGAGCAUGUGCCGCAGGGGCGCCUCCCGAGCUGGUAGGCUGGACGUGCGAGCAGUGCGAGACGGCUCAUACGAUUGUCACCAAGUCGUGCCCUGGCUGUACUGCCACAACGCAGAAGGUUAGCGGAUGUGACCACAUCACUUGCCCCUGCGGAGUGCAUUGGUGCUAUGCCUGCGGGAAGAAGGUCGACCGGAACGUCAUCUACACGCACAUGGCGAUGAAGCAUGGUGGGUUCUAUACGGAUGUGGAGGAUGAUGAAGACGCCAAUGAGUGGGUUAUGUACGGAGGUGGAGGAUGAUGAAGAUGGGUGGGUGUGGGAUUGAGCCACUUGAUACGAGAUGAGAUACCACUGUCUUUUAUUCUGUAAUUGCUGCGAGCGGGAGCUUUUCAUUAUUUCUUUGAUAGCCAUGACAAUCCUUUAUGAGAAUUAUGUGACCCUAGCUUCCAUUGCUUGCAUUAAUGUGUAGUGUCUACAUAAAUUCCGUAU